AUGAAGUUACAAGAAGGGAAUGAUAUUCCAAGAUCUGUAGUUGUGGAAAAGAAAAAAAAGAGGAAAUCAAAAUCCAAGUCUACUCACAUUUCUGAUCAGCCUUUUAUUAAUAAAGAUCUAGAUGCGGUAACAUCACUCUGUAAGACAGAAAAGAUAGGUAGAAUUUUGGAAGCAAAAAAAGCAACUACACCGUCUGUUACCUCACAAGAGACUGAAGAUGUUUUGGAAUUAUAUAAGAGAAACCAAAAAGAUAUAGAAAAUAUUAGA